CUCGCGUGAAGGAGCCGCUUGACAGCUGUUGCAGGAUCCCACAGCAGAGAGGUUGUUGCAACAGUCCUGGAUACAGUAAUCGGAUGACAGAAAGACUAAAAGUGUGAAAUGUGAAGACAAGUUUCCACGGUAACACAGGGUGUGGGUUUGAGGAGGCUCCCCCAGACCUUGAUGGAGUCCCUGACUGUGACACUGGACCCGACGCCCCCAAGACUGCAGAACCCCCGACGCCCCCAAGACUGCAGAACCCCCGACGCCCCCAAGACUGCAGAACCCCCGACGCCCCCAAGACUGCAGAACCCCCGACGCCCCCAAGACUGCAGAACCCCCGACGCCCCCAAGACUGCAGAACCCCCGACGCCCCCAAGACUGCAGAACCCCCGACGCCCCCAAGACUGCAGAACCCCCGACGCCCCCAAGACUGCAGAACCCCCGACGCCCCCAAGACUGCAGAACCCCCAACGCCCCCAAGACUGCAGAACCCCCAACGCCCCCAAGACUGCAGAACCCCCAACGCCCCCAAGACUGCAGAACCUCCGACGCCCCCAAGACUGCAGAACCCCCGACGCCCCCAAGACUGCAGAACCUCCGACGCCCCCAAGACUGCAGAACCUCCGACGCCCCCAAGACUGCAGAACCCCCAACGCCCCCAAGACUGCAGAACCCCCGACGCCCCCAAGACUGCAGAACCUCCGACGCCCCCAAGACUGCAGAACCUCCGACGCCCCCAAGACUGCAGAACCCCCGACGCCCCCAGGACUGCAGAACCCCCAACGCCCCCAGGACUGCAGAACCCCCAACGCCCCCAGGACUGCAGAACCCCCAACGCCCCCAAGACUGCAGAACCUCCGACGCCCCCAGGACUGCAGAACCCCCAACGCCCCCAAGACUGCAGAACCUCCGACGCCCCCAAGACUGCAGAACCCCCAACGCCCCCAGGACUGCAGAACCCCCAACGCCCCCAGGACUGCAGAACCCCCAACUCCCCCAGGACUGCAGAACCUCCGACGCCCCCAGGACUGCAGAACCCCCGAUGCCCCCAAAACUGCAGAACCUCCGACGCCCCCAAGACUGCAGAACCCAGAUCUCUUGUGUGAAGAUGCUUUGAAGAGUUGA